AUGAGUAUGCUAUUUAAUUGUGGUGUUUGUUGUAUGCUUUUAAGUAUUUGGGCUGUAGUGCAACUGGUUGUCAUGGGAAUUUUCUUUAAAAUGGAGGUGGUUGCUUUUAUUGAAGAGGCUGAGCCUGAUCAUCACGGCUAUGAAGAUUUUGAGGACUUUAUGAAGCAAACAGAACAAAAUUAUAGCCUAAUUGCUAUGAACUGUUGGAUAGGCGCAGUUAUAUACUUAUUCAUGAUCGGAGUGUCCUAUUUAUGUAUAGUCAAAGCGAGGGCCAGGGAUAAAGCUGCUGCUGAGAAUGCACAAGAUGACGAUGCAUUUUGCAAAGAUCUUGCAAAAUCUAAGAAGUCCUAA